UGUCCUUAAGGAGCUCACAUUCUAAAACUUUUCAGGUAUUUAUUCAUUCGUUUAAUCAUCAUCAAACAUUUAAUAGCUAUUCACACUGUGCUUGGCACCAGGAUGCCUUGUGCUCAGGAACACAAUGUGUAACGGUCCUGGACAAUAAUCCGAGGGUUUUGAGGAGCUGUGGUCCAGGAGACCAGGGUCAAGGAAGAAUAAGUGGACCAGGAGGACCCGCAGGGACCAUGGGGAGAGAAGGCCCAGAGGCCCAGGAGGAGCGGCCUCGGAGAAGGACCGUGCUCCUCCAGCUCCAGGAAACUCAGGCAGCGGUCACACCGGAGGUCUCUGGGCCGGUGAGUUACACCUAGGGGAGAGUAGCCCGUCCGUGAUUUGCAGGAGGGAGACUCCUGGAGGAAUGGGCAGGUAAAACAAGCUGCUCCAAAGUGGUGGUGAUUAGGUGGAGCUUUGUCAGACAUUCAUGGUGCCCAGGUCGGCACUGUGAUCGGGUCCAGCGCCAGGAUCUGGCCUUCAUCCUCCCACUGGACUUGGGGGACUCUGGAAGAGCGUCUCAGCCUGGUGACAUCAUCCCUCCUCUCUGGGAAUUUGGGACACUCAGAUAGUCAAGACUAUUCACCCAAAGAUGAAACUGAGGCAGAGCGCCGGGCUGAUUGGAGGAGUCUGCCAGCAAGAGAACUCAGAUCUCCCCUCCCCCGUUUUUAUAAGGUUAAGCCAUCUCUGGGUGCCGUGCAAUGGGAGGCUAAACUAUGGCCACCAGCGGGAGGCUGGGGACAGACAUUUUGCUGACCGGAGGGUCAUCAGAUGGAGGGGUUAGGGGCGUCCUGGCGCCAUAGUGGCGCCCUGUGAUUCCUGGCUUCCGGGGCAGGGCAGCCCCUCCGGACCGCAUUCCUCUUACAAAGCAGGGGUGACAGCCAUCCUGACUGUCGGAUAAUUGGCCACUAGAUCGCUCCCUCUGAGACCGUCACAGCCGGCCCGACACUGAGCAGGGGUUGGGGAAGGGCCCGGCUUUCUCCCAGCUUUGAUGGUGAAGCAGGGUCUUUGGCAGCUUGCUUUAGGGGGUCUAGAACUAGAAAGGGGAGGAGCUGGGAGCAGGGCGAUGAGUGAAGAUCUAAUUACAGUCGCCCCAAUAAUCUCAGUCAGGUUCUAGGCAGGAGUUUGGGAGGGAAUGGGACAGGGCGGUGACUGAGCUUGGGCUCUGCUCCCCUCUUGCCCCCCAGGUUUGCGGAGCAGGUCACAGGCUCCAGGCUCCCAUCCUCGCCCCAGGUUCCUGCACCAGACACGAUGCCCCGCCUCCUCAGUGCAGGCGCCUCCCCCCGUGUCGCGGAGGGUGGCCUGGCACGUGGCCCUCCCGCAGAAGGGACUGGAUGGGACUCUCUUUAACCCAGAAGGGAUGAGCUGGCCGGAGGCUGUGGUUGGAAGGGGAAGAGGCUGCAGUCCCUGCGAAGGCUCUAGCCCGGACCGCAGCCGGGCCUCCUAGCACUCCGUUCCGGAGCUUGGAGGCCUGACGUCACAUUUUCCCGGUAGGAUGAGGACAGCCGAAGCCACGCGUGGAGCCGUCGCAUGACAUCACUUCCUGCCAGUGACGUCACAUUCCUAGCCUACCGGCAGCCGCAGAUGUAACACAGGCUCGGGGCCUCGCGAGUUGAAGUGGGCGGGAGACCCACGCUAGAGCAGACGGGCUCUCAGAACUCCGACAGCUUGCUCGAGGCCCCUGGGGCUGGUCCCCGGGGCGGGGCGUGGUGCGCUCGGCACGUGCCCGGAGCCCGCGGCAGCUACCGGCGCUUAGGCGAGGGCCACAUAGUGGACAUGGGGCGAGGCCAGGCGGGCGCGAGGCCGCGCGCGUCUCGCGGUGUUUCCUGACCGGGCCGGGCUGGUCCCGCUCCCCUCCCCGCCUCCGCCGAGCUCUCGCGAGAGCAACGGGGCAGGGCAAGAUGGCUGUGGGCCGCCGCGGCCUGUGAGCCCAGCGGCGGGAGACGAGGCUCGAGCUCCCCCCAGCGAGCCCAGGACGGGCUGCGGCGGCGGGACAUGCGUGCGGGCCGGGGCCGGGGCCUCCGCGGGAGUGGAUGCUGCGCGCGGCGGCCGCCCCGGCUGCUCUGAGCGCCCCCCGGAGUCCGCAGAGCCCGAGGCCGAGGCGGCGGCGGCGGCGGCGAUGACCGGCGAGAAGAUCCGCUCCCUGCGGAGGGACCCGAAGCCCUGCGGCAAGGAGGAGGGCGACCUGCUGGAGCCGGGCGACGACGAGGCGGCCGCCGCCCCCGGGCCCUUCACGGCGGCGCGCGGGGCCGGGCCCGGGGGCGGCGGGGGCAAGGGCGGCCGGCAGGGGCCCCGCGGCAGCGGCCACCCCCCGCACCCCGCCGCGCCGCAGCCCCGGCUACCGCUUAAGCCGCCGCAGGCCCCGGCCGGCUCUGGCUGCUGCUCGACUUCCUCCUCCCUCCCGGGCGCCGCCGCCUCGGACCCCGGCCGGGGCCCUUCGCUCUACCCCGUGCACGAAUGCGUGUUUAAGGGCGACGUAAGGAGGCUCUCUUCUUUGAUCCGGACCCAUCACAUCGGCCAAAAGGACCUUCACGGAAACACUCCUUUGCAUCUUGCUGUGAUGUUAGGAAAUAAAGAAUGUGCCCAUUUGCUUUUGGCCCACAAUGCUCCAGUAAAGGUGAAAAACGCUCAGGGAUGGAGCCCUUUGGCAGAAGCCAUCAGCUAUGGAGACAGACAGAUGAUUACAGCACUUUUAAGGAAGCUUAAGCAGCAAUCCAGGGAAAGUGUUGAAGAAAAGCGACCUCGAUUAUUAAAAGCCCUGAAAGAGCUAGGUGACUUUUAUCUAGAGCUUCACUGGGAUUUUCAAAGCUGGGUGCCUUUACUUUCCCGAAUUCUGCCUUCCGAUGCAUGUAAAAUAUACAAGCAAGGUAUCAAUAUCAGGCUUGACACGACGCUCAUAGACUUUACUGACAUGAAGUGCCAACGAGGGGACUUGAGUUUCAUUUUCAGCGGGGACGCCGCGCCCGCCGAGUCCUUCGUCGUGCUAGAUAACGAGCAGAGAGUUUACCAGCGGAUCCACCAUGAGGAAUCAGAGAUGGAAACUGAGGAAGAAGUGGACAUCUUAAUGAGCAGCGACAUUUAUUCUGCAACGUUAUCAACCAAAUCCAUCACUUUCACACGUGCCCAAACAGGAUGGCUGUUCCGGGAAGACAAGACGGAAAGAGUGGGAAACUUUCUGGCCUACUUUUACUUGGUGAAUGGACUUGUUUUAGAAUCCAGAAAAAGGAGAGAACACCUUAGUGAAGAAGAUAUUCUUCGAAAUAAGGCCAUCAUGGAGAGUUUAAGUAAAGGCGGAAACUUAAUGGAACAGAAUUUUGAGCCUAUCCGAAGACAGUCUCUGACUCCACCCCCACCCAACACGAUUACCUGGGAAGAGUAUAUAUCUGCUGAGAAUGGAAAAGCUCCUCAUCUGGGUAGAGAACUUGUUUGCAAAGAAAGUAAGAAAACGUUUAAAGCCACAAUAGCCAUGAGCCAGGAAUUUCCCUUAGGAAUUGAAUUAUUAUUGAAUGUUUUAGAAGUAAUUGCGCCCUUCAAGCACUUUAACAAGCUUAGAGAAUUUGUUCAGAUGAAGCUUCCUCCAGGCUUUCCUGUAAAGCUCGAUAUCCCUGUGUUUCCCACCAUCACAGCCACUGUGACCUUUCAGGAGUUCCGAUACGACGAGUUUGACGAGUGCAUCUUCACCAUUCCUGACGACUACAAGGAGGACCCCAGUCGCUUUCCUGACCUCUGACCCCCGGACGCACCGUGCCAUGGCUUACCCGCAUGUCCGGGAGAGGGCGGCUCCCUGGGAAGCGGGGAGGGCGAUCGUCCGCGGUCCUGUCGAAUCGAGCACGUUUCCUGCCGCGCGCCGGGUCGGCCUUUGGACAAUCCCCACGCCGUGAGCUCGGGAGCCGUUCCGAGGAGUCUGGGUGUCGGAAGCCACGGGGCCGCGCUUGGUUUUUACACCUUUUUACACUUCUCGGUGAUACGUGGAUUUAGCGUAAAAAGCAAACACUCCUGGACCAUUAAUGCUUGAGAAAAUGAGAUGUCUUAGUAGAGAUCAGAGCCCUUGUAGACUUGCCGUCUCCUGCCCAAGAUGGCGUCUGUCCUUCCGGCUUGGUUUUCCUCAGCUGUCCAGUGUCCGUUGCGUGUAGUUCAGUCAUGUGAAUGUUGUGGAGCGCGAUGGAGUGGAAGGGACGCGGUUUUCUGUAGAUGAUCGAGCCCCAUGGUGACCAUUAAACAGUUGCAUUUUCACGUUGCAAUACAUUUCAGAACUAGCAUUCACUCUGCAGGGAAUACGGUACCUCCUCUUAGCACCUUAGUGCAACUCCUGUGUGGUGCUAUUCACGGUUUUAUCCGAAGUCUCCCGUGGAAAACGUUUCUUACUAAUCUUUCUGCCGUAGAGUCUCGUUUUCUUUUCUAAUCUGUGUUCAUGAUAAAGUAUGGGUUCGCAUGCUUACCAUCUGACGAGUUUGAGCACUUUCCAGAAAAAAAAAGGGAUUCACAAAUUUGGAAAUCGGCUUUCCAUGGAGUGCCCACAAGUCUGGGGGGGCGGUGGCUUAAGGGUGACCCGAGAAGGGUCCCAGUUUUGUUUUGUUUUUUAAAGAAAAACCUUAAACCUAAGACUUUGAAAGUAUAUUCCCAUAUUUAUAUUGAAUACUUUGACUCUAGAGUAUAAGCGUUUCACAUAAUAUAUAAAAAUCCCUUUGUUAAAUUCUAAAAAUGUAAUUUCAAUUUAGAGAUGAUUCCUACUCCAUGAUUUUAUUUUUUCUUAAGCCACUUAAGGGAAAGUAGAUUCAUUGAUUUUUGCCUCCAGGUGUUCAAAUCAUGGAUUCUCAAUUUUGCAUCUGAAAUUCUUCCUGUUUACUUUUCUGAGUUGAUUUGAAGGUCCAAAGUUGAAAAUAAAAUGAGUAAGAAUUACUUUUGACCAUCACGUGGUGUGAAGUAUGAGAGGGCUUAACUACAAGUAGUGCGAUUGCUAUCAGCAAAUACUGGGUGACUGUACUUAAGGCUGCACCUGCCGGUUCUUUCGGAGGCCCACAUUCUUUGGCAUCGAUUGGCAGAAGGUGUUCCUUUACCAGGGUGUCCGUCUCUGCCGCCUGGAUCGUAAAAUGAGUUUGUCGGGCUUUCCAGAACAAGUCACCCGGUUGUUACAAAAUCGGAUUUGCUCAUUUUGAAAUGUCCUGAGCGUUUUGGUCUUUUAUUCCUGAGGAGGAUCUCUACAAAAGCCGGACGCCGGGCCACGAGAGCAGCGGGGCGAGCCGGCGUCCUCGAAGAAGCCCCGAAGGCCGCCCGCGUUGUGCGCCUCCGUGGAGGUCUGCCAGGAAGCUGAUGUUUACAGAGCAGAGGGGGACACUGGAUAGAAGAUGCAAUUACAAAGUCAGAAGCAAGGAUCUCGAAGGCUGCUUUCUCCAUAGCAAUGUAUAUGACUUUGCAGAUAUGUUCAUGUUUUAAUAUUAAGAAAGGAAAUAAUUUUUAUAGUGCAGAAAAAAGUAUUCAUGGUUAAAUUUUUAAAAUUAUAAUUAUUGUCGUCCGUGGCUUCUUAGACCUUGGGGGUGGGUGUUCGUUGUGAGCCUGCUUUCCUUGAAGGAAGACUAGCUGGUUUCCCAGCCUCUCUUCCUUCGAGCUUUUAUGGGCUUGGACUGGGAAUCAUCCUGCCAAUUCAGGGUCCCCCACUGGGGUUGGGGAGCAGGCGAGGGGGCGACCUUAGCUCCCCAUGGUUAGGAUGGAGAAGCUCGUAUAAGCCGUGCAGUUUAUGGGGGCGGGGGGUGUCGGGAAGUGGGGAGAACCACAUCUCAUUUACUCACAACCUGGGCUCGGUCAGUAUCUCCUGGAAGCUGUGAAUACUUUACUGGGAUGCACUGGAGGUAGCAAAACUACUGAACACUUUUGCACUUAGAAUUGUUUUGCACACAUUUGUACUUUUUAAGAAACACAAGUUCUCCAUUCCACUAUGUUGUCAUCUUCCCAGUCACAAAGGACAAACAAACGCCCCGAUACUUCUUCCAAUGGCAACUAUUAGGAAUCAACUCUGAUGCAAAUCAACUUCUCACCGCAUUUCACAGAUUUUCAGAAAUGUAGUUUUUAAAGUAGUUUAUCAGAUAUCAGAUAAGUACCGCUUCAGGUAAAAUCAUCAAAACACUAUUUUCCUUUGGUAGUAUUCACAAGGACAGUUUGUUUUUAAAGUGCUCUGGAAUAUUUUCAACAUAGCACCUGCUGUUUACAUAAUGCUGGAAGGGAGUCAUAUUAACAAGCUGGUCUGUACCAGAAAAUAAUCAAGCUCCGACUGUGUGCGACAUGAUCGGUUGGAAGCGGAGAACCGACAAGGGGUGGUCUGGCCCUCCCCCUCAAGCAGGGCUGGAGCUCCUUCCAGGUGACAGGUCCUCCAGUGAUCAGGAGGGGGGCAUCUUGGUGACGCAAGCAGACCGACAAAGCGUCUACACCUGGAGUUUUCCUGCCUGUGCUCAGGUGGGGGUUGGUGCAGGAGAGCAGCUUCUGAAGAGCCGCGGUCUUUCCCCAGGAACCAUUCUUUACGAAUGAUAACCGCCAUUCCUCCUCAGCCCCGGCACUGUCUGGCUUACAUAGAAGUCUGCAGGUGCGCGGGACGAUGAGGACAUCGCGUCAGAACUGCCUGGGAUGAAUUUUUGGACCUGAGAGCUCAGGGCUCAGGGCUCGUGCAGAAUGCCCCCUAUUCCCCAGGAACCUCUUCUGGCCCUCAGCUCCUCCUGGGUUCUGAGGGGUCUGUAGCUGGGGCGGCCACCUGGUUCCAGAAAAUGUGUCCAAGAACUUGAGCAUGAGGGAUAAAACUGUCGGGCGGUGACUAGAAGUCAGCAUCAAACAUGGAAACUCGGGUCUGAAUACUUAUUAAGAGGACGAAUGGAUUGUACCUCGUGUCCACUCUGCCCUUGGGAGUGGCUGCAGUCUAGUGAAACUUCGUCAGCGUGGGACAGCGACGGGAACAGCAGUGGGCCCCGGCUGUCGGGUGGUCCGCCUGCCCUUCGGAUGCUGAAGGCCAGCCGCCCCCCGUCCUGCCCCCUUCUGGAGAGAAUGACCGCAAACUUGGCAACGGCGGGGACAAGUUUCAUUACCUACAUAUUUCAUGGCAAUAAUCAAACAAAGCCCAAUAAAGUGAUCUUGCCUAAGAAUUACUGAACUACUAGUAAUCUGCCAAAUCUAGUCUAUAAAUCUUCUUUCACACUUUUGUAAAGAGAAAUUUUUGAGGCUGUAUAAGUCAUUAUUGGACUUUUUAAAAAUUCCUUUAGAAAAACCUCAGUCCAGUUUAAGGGCGCGUUCUGCAAAUGGAUUUUGUUCAUUUACAUAAAGGCCAAGAAUCCACUGAUCACAGAGCGAGUAAAGGGAACAAGGAUUUCCAUCGAGUUUUGGACACAACCAUUGUACCUCCCUAAAAUAACUUUGUAUUAAUAGCACUGAUAAAAUGUGGGAAAACAAAUUCUCUUUUAGGUACUAAUUGGAGCCACAGAAUAGGAAAUGCUCUUAACCAGCCUCAUUCUGAUCUUCCAUUUUCAUCGAGCUAAAAAAAAGUGCAUUGAAAUCCUUGUCCAUUUUCCAGCCCUAGUGUUUUCACUGACUUAAGUUUACAUUCUUCAGGUAGAAGGCUUGUUACUUUGCUCCUCGGUUUUGUUAAAUUUUGCUUUACUGCUAGUUGUUUUUCCCGGGCUUCGGCUGUCCAGGGACCUCAGAUCCUUUUUCUUUUGUUAUCUCACCAUUUGUUACUCCUGUGCUAACCUAACUUUGAACUCGCCGGCAUCUCUUAGGUUGUUAUUGGUAGAAGGAAGAAAUGCAGCUUUUUGGUUCUGGUAAUAAGGUGUCAUUUUUCGAAAGUUCUGUAAAUGCAUCUAUUCUGUAAUUUUGGAAAAUGUGCACUGGGGGGACCCAACCACUUUUUUUUUUUUUUUUUUAAGUACAAGAAUGUUAUGGAAAGGAUUUAUGUUUAGCUCCCUCUGCAACAUUUCUACAACUUUUUUUUUCAGUUAUUACAAAUAAAAUCUUAAAUUUUCCAAUGA